AUGUUUCACGACAAAAGAACCCAGUUAGGAGAUGAUUCCUACAACAUGAGAACGGGAUUAGCCAUUUGUCACUGGAACGAGAAUGUUGACAGACAGUCCACCGGAACGUAUCAGUAUCCGACCGGGAAAACGAAGAGAAUCCUUGGGUGCGCCAGACGAAAAGAAGCGGAUAGGAUUAAAAAAAAACUGUUUUCAGAUCUUGAUGCGGGAGCCAAAACGCCCGAAGAAGAGGGAACUCGUAGGAUGCACGUGACGAUAAACCCGUUAAUUGAAGAAUACGGUGUGUCAUUACCAGAGACAGACAAGGAGACAGAAUGGGUCCAUGUUCAGACCCUUACUAAAGACCAAGUAUUCGGACUGCAGUACGUGAUGUUUGAUAAAGACAAACAACAGCCCAGCUUUGUGGUGAUCAGUAAUGGAGCGGAAGUCGUACAGAUCAGUCGUACCCUGUACUUAUCCAAACUGGACUUCAAUGCCAGAGAGAGGCUACGCAGUGAGGUAUCACCCUACCCUACAGAUGAAGAAUUACAACAUAACUUAAUAACUCGUGUCAACUGGGAGGCUUACAAAGACAUUGUUCUACAGCAGAUUGCCGAUGACACAGCCAGGCGUAGACCGACAACACGAGGCGCCAAACAUAGACCAAUGAGAUUUAAGCUGGCAAAGUCUCCUUCGGCGAAGUCUGUGUAUUCAUAGUUAAUGAUAAAUGUUAACAUGUACAUGUUCAAAUACUGGUAUGAUGAUUCAUAGUGACGUAUUACUGACGUAUUACUGUGACGUAUUUUGUAUAAGUGAAUAUACUACAUUACAUUCAUCAUUGAAUUAUACAUGGGGUAUUUCAUUGUUAUUAUGUCGUGAGGUUCACAAUUUCUCUCCUCACUGAUUGAAGCCCGAGUUCGAUCCGCUGAUUGGCUAUAUGUGAAAUGGCAUGGUUAUCAUUAUGAGAUUGAUCACUGUUUGUUAUCUCCACAUUUCAUGGUAGUCACGUGGUAUUCUUCCGGUAUACCGCUUUCCUCCUACACCAAUGACACCCCCGUGCAAAUAGUCGACAAGACGAGAGACAAUGAUAGAAGUUGUGAAACUUGUUUUUUACUCGUCGUGAAAUGAAUUCAGUUUACACGUAAUAGUGUCAUCAAGGGAUCAGGUAUAAGAUGUAGUUUAUAUUGUAUAUGAUUGUAAAAUUAGCAUAAGACCUGAUAAUGUUACAAUGUAGUUCAGUAAAUCUCUUGAUCCUGGUGUCUACACGUGCAGCAAAUCCAUUGGUAGUCAUAUUCAAUAUAUACAACGAGAUGGCUUUGUAAUGCACUAUGAAUACAGAAUAUCCACCCUGUCGGAUACUUAAGCAUAAUGUGGCGGAUAAGAUGAAAAAGGUGUACGUAUUUAUUAAUUCAUGUCAGCUUUAAGAUUGAAAAGACAUUAUGGUACGAACUACAACGCUUCACGCGGGCAUGUUUCAUGCAGCACAUUAGAAAUCUGUUUCUUAUAUUUACAUCACGCGGGCAUGUUUCAUGCAGCACAUUAGAAAUCUGUUUCUUAUAUUUACAUCACGCGGGCAUG